GAGCUGCGAUGCCCUCGGACUUCAUCUCUCUGCUCAGCGCCGACCUCGACCUCGAGUCCCCCAAGUCGCUCUACUCCAAGGAAUCUGUCUAUGACCUUCUCCCAAAGGAGCUGCAGUUACCACCUUCCAGAGAAACAUCCAUAGCAUCCAUGAGCCAAACAAGCGGUGGCGAGGCCGGUUCGCCGCCUCCAGCUGUAGUUGCUGCUGGAUUUGCCUCUGAAGCAGGGAGUGUCUGCAUUAAAAAUGACCUGUAGUUCUCUGCUUCAUAGAUGCUUCUUCAGCUCCCUCCUCUUCCUCCAUGGGCGGUGCUUGCAGCUCCUUUACCACCUCUUCCAGCCCUACCAUUUACUCUACCUCAGUCACCGACAGCAAGGCUAUGCAAGUGGAGAGCUGCUCCGCGGCCGUGGGGGUAAGUACCCGAGGGGUAAGUGAGCAGCAGAUAACCAGUAACACAGCCCAGCAGCAGCCGGCCACGCCGAAGCGCCACACUGUCCUCUACAUCUCGCCACCUCCCGAGGACUUGCUGGACAACAGCCGGAUGUCCUGCCAGGAUGAGGGCUGUGGAUUGGAGUCAGAACAGAGCUGCAGUAUGUGGAUGGAGGAUUCACCCUCCAACUUCAGUAACAUGAGUACCAGUUCCUACAAUGAUAACACUGAGGUGCCACGUAAAUCGCGCAAGCGCAACCCAAAGCAGAGGCCAGGGAUCAAACGCCGAGAUUGCGAGGAGUCCAACAUGGAUAUCUUUGAUGCCGACAGUGCCAAAGCGCCUCACUAUGUCCUUUCUCAGCUCAGCACGGACAGCAAAAGCAACUCAAAAGCAGGAAAUGGAGCAUCAGAGAACCAGAAGGGAGCUGGAGGGAAGAAGACCCCAAUGUUGUGUGGUCAGUACCCGACUAAGAGUGAGGGGAAGGAGCUGAAGAUCAUGGUGCAGCCGGAGACCCAGCACAGGGCUCGGUACCUGACCGAGGGCAGCCGGGGCUCCGUCAAGGACCGCACGCAGCAGGGCUUCCCCACCGUCAAGCUGGAAGGCCACAACGAGCCCGUGGUGCUGCAGGUGUUCGUGGGCAACGACUCCGGGCGCGUGAAGCCGCACGGCUUCUACCAGGCCUGCAGGGUGACGGGCAGGAACACCACGCCCUGCAAGGAGGUGGACAUCGAGGGCACCACCGUCAUCGAGGUGGGGCUGGACCCAAGCAACAACAUGACCCUGGCGGUUGAUUGUGUGGGAAUCCUGAAGCUGAGGAAUGCUGAUGUGGAAGCCAGGAUAGGCAUUGCCGGCUCCAAGAAGAAAAGCACCCGCGCUCGCCUCGUCUUUCGCGUCAACAUCACGCGCAAGGACGGCUCCACGCUGACCCUGCAGACGCCUUCUUCCCCCAUUCUGUGCACUCAGCCAGCAGGAGUCCCAGAGAUCCUAAAGAAAAGUCUCCACAGCUGUUCAGUGAAGGGUGAAGAGGAAGUUUUUCUGAUUGGCAAGAACUUCCUAAAGGGAACAAAAGUGAUUUUCCAAGAGAAUGUUUCUGAUGAGAAUUCUUGGAAGGCAGAAGCUGAAAUUGACAUGGAAUUAUUUCAUCAGAAUCACCUUAUUGUGAAGGUGCCACCAUAUCAUGACCAGCAAAUCACCUCAGCUGUCUCUGUGGGAAUUUACGUGGUGACCAACGCUGGCAGGUCUCACGACGUGCAGCCCUUCACCUACACUCCAGAGCCAGCUGGGACUCUGAAUGUUAAUGUGAAGAAGGAAAUCUCCAGCCCAGCCCAACAUUGUUCUUUUGAAGAGGCUAUAAAAGCAGUGAAGGCCACAGGCUGUAACCUGGAGAAGGUGAACAUUCUUCCUAGUGCCUUGAUAACUCCACUCAUGCCAAGCAGUAUGAUCAAGAACGAAGAUGUGGCUCCAAUGGAAGCUUCAAAUGUGGUUGGACCAACUCAGCAAGCAUUGGAAAACAGCAUGUCUGGCAUAUCAACUUCUGCUUCCCAUUUACCUUCCGAAAGUGAAAACCAGCAGCAAAUCCAGCCCAAAGUGUACAACCCAGAGACCCUGAGCACGAUCCAAACACAGGACAUUUCCCAGCCCGGCAGCUUCUCUGCAGUGUCCACCCCGGGCCAGCUGCAGAACAGCGAUGCCCUGCUGCAGCAGGCUGCACAGUUCCAGCCCAGGGAUUCCCAGCCCAGGGAGGUGCUGCAGUCGGAUGGCACAGUGGUGACUCUGUCACAGCUCACUGAGGCCUCCCAGCAGCAGCAGCCGACGCUCUCGGAGCCGCCCCAGGCCCUGCAGCAGCAGAUUUCCUCGAGCAUCUUCUCGUCAGCCAGCGGCGUGAGCCAGCUCCAGAACACCAUCCAGCAGCUCCAGGCUGGCAACUUCCCCACCAACACCGCCACGGGCAGCAACAGGAACGUUGACUUGGUGCAGCAGGUUCUGGAAGCUCAGCAGCAGUUAUCCUCUGUUCUGUUUUCGGGCUCAGACAGCAGCGAGGAUGUCCAGGAUCAGCUGAACGCAGAUAUCUUUCAGCAGGUCAGCCAGAUCCAGAACAGUGUAAAUCCCGGGAUGUUUUCCUCCUCAGACACAGCUGUCCAUUCCAGAGCGGAGAACCUUUUGCCUGGGCGAGCUGAGAACGUUCACUCCCAGCCUGAAGGUGCCCUGUCCAACCAGCAGCAGCAGCAGCAGCAGCAGCAGCAGGCCAUGGACACGUCAGCAGCCAUGGUGAUGGGGAUGCAGCAGAACAUGUGCCAGGCGGCCACGCAGAUGCAGUCGGAUCUGUUCUCCUCCAGCACGGCGGGGAACGGGGCCCUGCAGCAGUCCCCAGUGUACCAGCAGGCGUCUCACAUGAUGGGGGGCCUGUCCAGCAGUGAGGACAUGCAGAUGCAGUGUGAGCUGUUCUCCUCCUCCCCGGGGGUGUCCGGCGGCGACGCGGCCGCCCCCGCGCAGCAGCCGGUGUCCAACAACGGCCCUGCCAUGUUCCAGCCCUCGAGCUCUGCAGAGGGAGAGGAGGCCUCGGGGCAGAGCAAACAGAUGCAGAGCUCUGUGUUUCAGACCAUGGUUCAGAUGCAGCACAGUGGGGAAAGUCAGUCCCAGGUUAAUCUCUUCUCGUCGACCAAGAGCAUGAUGAGUGUCCAGGCCAGUGGGACUCAGCAGCAGGGCGGGGGUCUGUUCCAGCAAGGUGGAGAAAUGAUGUCCAUUCAGUCGGGAAGCUUCAUCCAGCAGUCUCCACACUCACAGGCUCAGCUUUUCCACUCUCAGAACCCUAUUGGUGACACUCAGAAUAUAUCCCAGGAAACACAAGGAUCCCUUUUUCAUAGCUCAAAUUCCAUUGUCCACAACCAGACCAACACUAAUUCCUCUGACCAACUGCAGCCCCCGAUAUUCCACUCACAGAAUGCCAUGGGUGUCUUGCAGAGCUCCUCGGUGCCUCAAGACCAGCAGUCUGCCAACAUGUUCCUUUCCCAGAGUUCCAUGAGCAACCCGGCCACUCAGGAAGAGCAGAUGUCAUUCUUUACAAGCCCAAAUCCCAUUUCUCCUCUUCAGACAGCAACAAACACUGAACAGCAGACUUCUUUCCAGCAGCAGACACAGAUCUCUCAUAUCCAGAGCUCCAUGCUUCCCCAGGAGCAGCCCCAGACUCAGCCUGCUCAGCAGGGUUUGUUUCAGUCCCAGGUGUCAUUGGGCUCCAUCCAGUCCAGCUCCAUCCCUCAGAACCAACAAGGAGCCAUCUUCCAGCCUCAGCAUUCGAUUGUUGCUAUCCAGAGCAGCCCUCCAUCUCAGGAGCAGCAACAGCAGCAGCAGCAGAACAUGAUGUUCAGCAAUCAAAAUGCAAUGAGUACAAUGGCCUCCCAAAAGCAGAACUUGAUUUUCAAUCCAAAUCAAAACCCGGUUACCAACCAGGAGCAGCAAGGCCAGUCCAUUUUUCAUCCACAGUCCAACAUGGCCUCGAUGAAUCAGGAGCAGCAGCCCAUGCAAUUCCAGAGUCAGACCACGGUGUCUCCUCUCCAGAAUCCUGGCUCCACCCAGGCCGAAGCACAGCAGCCAACCAUCUUCCAUAACUCGCCCCAGAUUCAGCUGGUCCAAGGGUCCCCAAGUUCUCAAGAGCAGCAAGUCACCCUCUUCAUCUCCUCAGCUUCCAUGUCUGCCCUGUCUGUCCAGAACAGCAUGAGCCAGCCGGAGCUGCAGCAGUCCCCCAUGUACUCCUCCCAAAACAGCAUGGCAGGAAUGCCAGGAACUGCUUCUCCUCCCCAGCAGCAGGCUCCUCUGUUCCACAACACAGCCGGAGGUGCCAUCAACCAGAUGCAGAAUUCCCCUGCCUCGUCCCAGCAGACAUCAGGAAUAUUCCUGUUUGGCAUCCAGAACAACUGUGGGCAGCUGCUGCCCCCCGGCGCGGCGGCGCUGCCCGAGGAGCUGAUGGCCAUGGGCCAGCCCGGGCAGCCCCAGGGCGAGGCCCAGCCCGCGGUGCCAGCGCUGCUGUCCCAGCAGCUCCCCGAGACCCCCCCGCUGCCCUCGGCCAUGGCCACCAACCAGAACAUGGAGAAGAUCGACGAUCUGCUCGUGUCCUUGCAGAACCAGGGGAACAACAUGGCUGGCUCGUUUUAAUCAGAAAUUCCGUGAAGAAAAAAACGUGACGAUUCCCCAGAUCCUCUCAGACCUUCCAACUCUGGAUUAGGCUGCGUGGAACCAAUUGCUUCUGUGGAAAAGUGGCCUCUUUAAAGAGCACACGUGUGGCCAGUGGCAGACCUGAGGCCAUGACCAUGGAGUUUGGGCUCCAUAGUGCCAAUAAUGCUGAGGAGUUAUGCUUUGUGUUACUGGGGCAUGGGGUUGGGCUGUUACCAGGUUCAUAAACCUCAUUACAGUGGGGGCUCUUGGAAUUUAAAGCAUAUCUGGUCAGUUAUUAUUGUUGUUGGAAGGUAAUCCAUGUUACCACGUUUACUUUUUCCCUCCCAUUCCUUCUUGACAUCCCUUUUUUCCCUCGGGAAGCUCGUGCAGCAGAAGCAGCAGCUGCCUCUGCCCUGAGCCGUGACUCGGCUGUCAGUCAGUGAAGGGAUCCCUCGGUUGACACGGAGCAGGAGAGCCAAACCCACCCCUUAUGAGUUGAAAGUAUUGAGAACUGUAAGAACCAAGCAGAGAAUUGCUGCUGUAAAUAACCAGUUCCCAUCUGAGAAUGGGAUUAACGGUUUUCCACAUCCCUUACGUGGAGCUGUACAUAGAGCAAGGGUUUGGUGGCUCCUCAAAAUGAAGAAAUGAAGGGGAACUUCCAGCUGAUCUUAAAAUCUUCUCUAAAACACCUUCAGCUUGAAAAGAGCAUUCUGUGUGGCUGAGGAAGGGACUCCUCUGUGUCUCUCGUUCUGACUGAUGGGUUAGAGCUCUGUAAAGCCUCAUGAGCUGUUCCCAAACCAGCCUUCUCCCUUCCAUUCUUUCCAUGGUUUUCCUUAUCUUCCUGAGUUUUGUAUUGUGUUUUUUAAAAAAAGACAUAAAUAUCCUACUGGCUUUAAAGCUAAAGAAACAGCUUUUAGGAAUCCUUGGCAGUAAAUUGCUUAGUCAGUAGAAGCUUUGACAAAUAAUCAAGGAGUAAGGAGAGAGGAAGCAAUUUCUCCACCACCUUCUAAACGCAGGAAUCCCCCUUAACCCGCCACUUCCAGCUGUGACUGAUGGAAAUCUUCAGCUUGGCUUUACUCCAAGUAGGGGGCAAAUUGCAUCAUUUUUAAGCCUUCUUAAAAGGUCACUUCAUCCUGAGCUGUUGCAUCUUUGUAGCACAUGGAGCUCAUCGCAGUUCUGAAGUGAUUUUUUUCCUUUUUCUACCACCGAGCCCCGAGUCUGGUUUCUAGAUUGUCAUGUUUAAUCAAGGAAUAAACCAUUGACUGAUGUUACCGAAUGUACAAACAACCCACUCCAGACCAUGCAGGUGUAUUGUGAGGCAUGUGGAUUUUUUUGGGUGCUUCAACUCUCCGGACAGUGUGUGAUCUCUCACUAGAGCCUCGCUCAGAUCCAUGUUCCUCCCCGUUCCGCCUCGGUAGAGAGUAGCUGGUGUCAUUUUUCAUUUUUGUUAUUUGAAAUAACAAAAGAACAGUCUGUAAAUGUUUUUUUUCUUUUUUUUUUUUUUUUUUAAGUUCCUCGAGUCUGUUUACUGUGUGUUUUCCCCUUAACUGGUGUGCGUAGUUGAGCCGUGUAGAGUUUUUGUUGGUUUUCCUGGAUUCCCCCCGUUUGUUGGUCUGUCACGACGUUCACUUUCUCUUUCUGUCUCUCUCUUUCUCUCUCUCAUUGAGAGGCAUUGAAUUACGUUUUCAGUAGUAAGGCUUCUUGCCGAUAUGAAGGGAACUUUUCAGAAAGAGACCUGCUCUGGGUCAUUUAAUUUUGAAUACAGUUUUCAAUCGUUCAAGUUUUGGAUGGUUUAUAUCUAAUGUGUGUUUCAUUUUUUUGGAAAGCUAUAUUUUGUAUUUAGGAAAUGGUAUAACUAUUUUGCUAUUUGUACUGAGUGAGUACAUUGGCAUAAAUAUAAAAAAUUUAUAUAUAUACAUAUAUAUAAAAUAUUCUUUUUGCCACACAUUUUUGUGGUAAAUUUGUGAGUUUGUCUGAUGUUCUACCACAACGUGGCGUCUGAUAACAGUGGGGUGGGGUGGGGUUUGUUAUGUCUUUAUUGAGUAUUUAAGUACUUUUUGCAACAUAAAUAACGUGUUCAUCUCUCGCCAUUCCAUCAGGCAGCGUUGGUCCAGCUGGCCACGAGAAGCUUUGCUCUGUGUUUGGUGUGUCCCUCACUCACAGCCUAGCCAGGAAACCCAGAGGCAUUUAGGAUUAUAUAAAAUAUGAAAUAUUGGGGUUUCCCUCAGAAUGAGCCGUUCAGCUUUUCUCUGCUCUCAUUGCCUAUUUAAUAUUUUAUUAUUAGCGCCUCUGUGUUUUAACUCCUAAUUUAUGAUUAUGCUCAAACGUUGGAAAUUUUAAUCAGGACAGAAAGAAUUCCCCGCUGCA